AGCACGAUGAAAUCAAUUACUUGGAAUGUAUCACCAUGAUUAUUCGCGCACGUGCAUAAAUACAAUGCAUGCGUUUUUUGAAAACAUUUUGAAAAUGGAUUUAUUACAACUGCGUUCCGCUUUAAUGGUAAUAUUAAGUUUCCUCAUGGUUCUAGUGGCUUUACAGACUCCUAUUGAAUAUGCACAGCUUUCCUUGCAACAGCGCUUACUGGCGGGUUUUCACGGCUACAAUUAUCAAGGACGUGACGUUUUUUCACUUAUUUCUGGACAGUCUUGGUUGUUUUGGCUGAACACUGGUGAGACCCGGCAAUCUUUCUUGCAACUUGUUGCUGACCUCACUCCAUCCUUGUUUCGUCAAAAUAUAUAUGGACAACAACGUCAGAGAGUGAGACGUCAAAAAUUAAAUUUUACAAAUCAAAUUUUACUAGUUUUGAUUUGGCUUAGAAAAUAUCCUCAUCAGGAUACUCUCAUGUUUGAUGUAGACCCGGCAAGCAUACAACGAAUCAUACAUAAUAUUAUACCUGAAAUGUGGCAAUAUUACCACAAUCAAAUAAGUUGGCCGAAUAACGCAGAGUGGUUAAACUUUAUGGGGAAUUGGCCGGAGUUUCCAAACGCUGUAGGGUGCAUAGAUUCUACUCCGCAUGAGAUUUAUCGGCCUUUAGUAGAACCUCAACAACAAUKUUACAGUAGACACCGACACUACCAUUGUUUUCACACACAAGUCAUCAUAGAUAACACUGGUCAUUUACGCUACGUCCAUGCCGGUUUCUUAGGAAGCACUCAUGAUGCAGCUUCAUAUCGUCUUAUGGCACCGAUUGGACCAGGACAAAUUUUUCAUCUUCCUGCUGCAUGUAAAUUGCUAGCGGAUAAAGCAUAUCCUGAUGGAGGUCCCCAAACCACACCAGUAAGAGCACAGCAAAUGAGACUUUUAAAUGGGAGGAACAGACGACGUGCAGUGAAUUUUAAUAGCAUAUGGAGGCAUCCGAGAUGGUUAAUGCCUGUGUGCAUUGAACUUGCAGCGUUUUUAGCUAAAAGGCGCGUCCGACUUUUUCAGAACAUCUAA